UGAUGAAAUUGAGACCAGAAUUUGAGACUGCACGGGCUGGAUUGUUGAACAGAAAUCUGGUUCCCUCAUUAGACAUAUGCAUUAGUGAAUUAUUGUGUGAAGAAUAAAGGAUGGCUACCCAAGCUGUUAUAAGUGGGCCUAAAGAAACUGCUGAUUUGAUCACUCUUGCUUCUACUCAAGGGAGGAAUCGAGGGAAAGGACAAUCACAAUGCUAUAAUUGCAAGGAGUUUGGGCAUAUCGCACGAAAUUAUAGUAAGAAAUUAUGCAACUACUGUAAACAACAAGGGCACAUCAUCAAGGAGUGCCCUACACGUCCAGAAAACCGGAAAGCCCAAGCCUUUCAAGCUGUUGUUUCUUCUUCUACAGUUACUGCAGAAAUGGUACAGCAAAUGAUUCUCACAGCAUUCUCUGCUCUUGGACUUCAUGUUAACAGAUCAGAUGUCAGGGAAGGUGAUCGCGAAGGGGCCUAAAAUGGGCAGAAUUUUUCCAUUGCAAUUUUCUAUCCCUAGGACUGUGUCUUUAGCUUCUAUUAUUGUUGAAAAUAAGGUUGCCAUUUGGCAUAAACGCUUGGGUCAUCCGAACAAUGUGAUGUUGUCUACUCUAAUGAAUCGUGGUUUUCUUGGUAACAAAAA